AUGUCUAAGCCCAAAAAGUCCUCCCGUUGGGUCUCCGCAUCUUUCUUCUCUGCACCAGAUGACACCUCCCCCGCCGCAGGUGCCACCUCCCCCUGGGCGUGGCUGCAGGGCGCCCUGCCCCGCGCGCUCGCCUCCCUCAGAAGGCACCUCCCCAAGGCCGUGGUGGCGUUUGUCGUUUUGCUGCUGGGGUGCGUGGCGCUGAACGCGCGCAUGGAGAAGCGGGCGGCGCAGCAGAGGGGACAGGGACAGCACGUGCCUCCCGUGACGAUGGCGGUGAUGGAGGUGAAGCACAAGGCGGUGCGGCCGCUAGUGGCGGAGGUGCAGCGCGUGGGCAUGCGGGUGAGGGAGAUGGUGGAGAAAAUGCCGAAGCACGAGCCGAAUGAGGAGGAGGCGUCGCUGUAUGACGUGCUCUGGCUGCUGCUCGCCAGUGUGGUGUUUGUUCCGGCCUUCCAGAAGCUUCCCGGAGGCAGCCCCGUGCUGGGCUACCUGGCAGCUGGUGCCCUGAUCGGCCCGUACGCACUGUCAAUCAUCAAGCACGUGCACGGCACCAAGGCGCUAGCAGAGUUUGGCGUCGUCUUUCUCAUGUUCAACAUCGGCCUCGAGCUAUCCCUAGAGCGACUCAACUCCAUGCGCAAAUACGUCUUCGGCCUUGGCUCCGCACAGAGCUGCUGGGAUGGUAGUCAGAGAUUGCUUUUUCAAGCCGUAUCCGUCCCUUCCCGUCACGUGCUGGUGAUUCCACUGGCUGCAAUCGCAUGUCGCAAGACUCGAACCAUGUCCCCCCGCCCCCUCAUGCUUCCCUACCCGUGGGUCGUCUGGGUUUCUGCACAUGACUGCACUGGUGGUUGCCGCACUGCAGCCAACACGCUGCUAGUCGUGCUCGGCACCUCCGUGCUCACCGCACAGGUGGGUGCUCUUGCACUGCCUCACAGCUCACUGCACAGGUAG